UGCUUCCGUGUCCAUUUUCACAAGUCAAGGCGCCGCGACAGGAGCACUCAUCCGCCGUCGUCCGUAGCCGUGCGGUAUAGCAGCGAGAGCUCUACAUGCGAAGAAGUGGACAUUUACACACUUUUGCGUACACAACUGGACUAUUUCUUCUUCUGUUUAUUUGUAUUUUUUCUAUCCACUCAAAGCUUGAUUUUUAAUUGCACAUUUUGUAUUACGAACUGAUUUAAACGCCAAAAUGGAGAAUCAAGAAAGCAAGUAUCUCCCGGAGCUUCUCGCGGAGAAGGACAGUAUGGACGUGUCGUUUACGCACGCUAUGAAACUUUUAUCUGCAGAAAUCGAGAGAAUCCAGAAAGGUGAGCCCAAGAAGGAAGGAGGAGAUGCGUACCUGGACCUUUUCACCGUCAAGAAUAUCAAACUGAAGGAACGCGUGCUCAUACCUGUCAAACAGUAUCCGAGGUUCAACUUUGUGGGAAAGAUACUUGGCCCUCAGGGCAACACAAUCAAACGCCUUCAGGAAGAGACUGGGGCCAAGAUCUCUGUACUGGGCAAAGGCUCCAUGAGGGACAAAGCCAAGGAGGAGGGUCUGAGGAAAGGUGGUGAGGCCAAGUACGCACACCUGUCCAUGGAGCUGCAUGUCUUCAUUGAGGUGUUUGCCCCCGUGCCCGAGGCUUACCUACGCAUGGCACACGCCAUGGAGGAAGUCAAGAAGUUCCUGUUUCCUGACAUGAUGGAUGACAUAUGUCAGGAGCAGUUCAUGGAGAUGGGUUAUUUGAACGGGGGCCAGGAGCACGGGCCAGGGGCCCCACGAGGCAGAGGAGGACCACCGGGCCCUAGGGGCCGAGGAGGGCCUCCGGGACAACCAGGGGCACCCAGGGGUAGGGGUAUGCCCCAACGUGGAAGUACCACCAGGGGAGGUCCAGUCAGAGGCGGGGUAGCGAGGGGAGCACCAGCAGGAAGAGGAGGACCUCCAGCAACCCCUGCCAGAGGGGCAACAGCGCCCCGAGCCAGACUCACUGCCCCUGGUGGGCCUCCGAGAAUGCCCCUUCCACCCCCCCACCAACACGCCCCAGCACCGGAACAAUAUGAGGAAUAUGCCUAUGAUGAGAGCUACACUGAGCCAGCGUACGAGUCAUACGACAGUUACUACAGUCAGCCACAGGCAGAGCCAGAGUACUACGACUACGGACAUGGAGAAACACAGGAAGCAUAUGAACCCUACGCCCAGGACGACUGGAACGGGACCCAGAGAGCGGCACCGGGGGGAAAGGCCCCCCCUGCCAGAGCGGCUAAGGGCCCUUACCGAGAACACCCCUAUAGACAAUACUGAACUCACCAUGCCAACGCCUAGCGACCAACGCUACCACUGUUAACGCGUUGCCCCGACAACCAACCACCAACCUGUCUACCACGGCAGCUCUUGCUCUAAGCAACCCUCGACAAAAGUAAUUGUCCGUUUUGGUUUGGAAUUUUUUACUACACUGGACUUUUACGAGCCGAAAAUCAUGAUCAUAACUGAUCGAAGCUGAUUUGAUAUAUAAUUCAGACCUUAAAGCGUUUUUUGGGGGGAAUUUGAAGUUUUAGUUGAUUUCUGUUUUUUUCUCUCUGACCCUGUCUCCCUCUUGGCUUUUUUUUGCACUGUUGAUCGUAAAAGGUUUUUUAUUUUUAAUGUUUGGAUUUAAACUCACUUCUAGCGGAGUUAGACUACUUAUCCACUUGUUAUCGUCUUUAAAGGGAAAUUUCCCCCAAAAAAUCUACUUCAUAUUCAUUAUCUCCAGUACAACAAUAUGUGAACACGGUGCGUUUCUACGUUUUGUAGUUAAACAAAAAAAUACAAAUAGUUUUUAAAUGUUUCCCACGACGACAUCGGUGUGCAACUAAUUGACUACUAAUUGGUUGAUUUCAUUGGAAACACUUAUCUUCAUCUGGUUUACUACAAAACAUAUAAACGCACCAUUUUCACAAGCAUUGUUGUUGGUUCUGGAGAUGAUGAAUAUGAAGGAGAACCGUUCAUUAUUUUGUUUAAAACUAUACUUUGAGGGACAGUUGCAGAUUCCCAUUUAGGCUACAUUUCAAAAUUCUUUUUUUAUUUUUUAUAUAGCAAAGUAAAAGAAACUUAAACACUGUUUCAAUUAUGUAAUAUAGACCAAACAAAAACGCCAAGUCAAAGGAAACAGUAAAAACAAACAAAUGUUAAUGGAAUUUGAUUUAGUAUUCCCAUUUGUUUUAAAUAGUCUUUAAUUAAAAGUUGUCAAUGUAGACUUAGGCAGCAGCGAUUCUUUAUUUUUUUAAAUUUUAUUUGUAAUUUUUUUAAUAUAAUGACAUUUUCUCAUUGUACAUUUAGAGUUUUGAAAUAUAGCCCUGAUAUCCCCUGUUGAGAUGGACUGUCCUCACAUACUUCAUUGGUUUUUAUUAAAGUUGGUUCAACAGUAAGUUAAUUUUAUUAUGUCUCUACAGUCGAUGUCUUUUUAUAAGUAGAAUAUGGUCUUAGAUCGGGCCUCAUGUCAUGCUAAAUAAUAUCACCUGUCAGUACAGGAUCUUAUUGGUUGAAUCUGAUUCUAUAAACUGCAUGUAAAAAAAAAAAACGAUGCAAUGAAGGAUUGGGACAAAAAUCUCCACAUGAAGGGAUCCUGCAGCUUUUCAAUCUGAUCUCUUGUACAUACUUUUAAAUCGUCCAAAUUGCACAUCUACUAUUCUGCCACUGGUAUAUGUACCCUCCACAUUAAAAUGCAUUAUGCUCCAUGUGUAAGGCUUGCAUAAAUAGGUAACUACUAAAUCUGUCCAAAAGAUGUUUUGCAGCAAUUUGUCAAUAAAGACUAGUUUGUUUUUCUAUGAAA